ACGGUUGCAUUGUGGGAAGCCCUAGGCCGCAGGCUGGACAACUACCAUGGCGACCAACAUCGAGGAGAUUUUCCGCUCGUUUGUGGUGAAGAAGAUCAAAGAGAUCGAAGAUGAGAAGCACCAGAGUGGAAAGGUGACCAAUGAAGCAAAUGGUGAAAUUAAGUUGGAGGUGGAGCCAAAGGAGACCGAAGUUGUGGCUGAAACCAUUUUGGAGGCACAGAUUGUAAACAGUAGUGAUCAUGUGUUAUCCAGCUUAAAUGAAAAGCAAAGUGAUAAGCCUGAUAAUAAAGAGAAUGUGACUGUGGACAGCAUAACAACAGAACAAGUUAAUUGCCCAGCUGUGGAUAACAAAGAAGAUGGUUCAGCUGCAGCUAAAAAGAGCAAAAAGCAUAAACACAAGCAUCACCACAAACACAAAAGUAAGAAAAAAAAGAAAAAGAAGAGGAAAAAAGAUAAGAAAAGAGACCACUCUAGGUCACGGUCAAAAUCUCAAAUAAGUUUGAAGUCAGGCUCUGACUUAAAAUUACGGCCACAAUCACAAUCAAAGUCCCCCUCCAAAUCUCCUUUACACACUGAAUGUAGCAGCAGAGUAAGUGAAAAUUGCUCCCUUUUGAUGAAAUCGGCUGAUUUUGGGUCAAAUAAAAAUGCUGUUGCUGAAACAAUUGAUGUGAAUACAGUUGUACCAGUAAAAGUUGAGAAAGAAUGCUUGCUGGCUGAAAUUAAGCCAUUCCCUCAAGACAAUUGUAAGACAGAUCAACAUGCAAAAGAGAACUGUACUGUUGACACAAAUAAUGGUAAUAAAUCUGCUACUACUGGAAAUGUUUCUGAAUUGUUGGCUGCACAAUCAACUUGUGGACAGGACCAAUCAUCUAAAUUGACUCUUGAUAGAAGUUCGGACAAAGAACAGUCUAAAUCUAGUCAGACUGUUGAGGAAAAUAAUAAACAUGAUCAACCUGAAGAAAGGAGAACAAAAAGAAGUCGGUCAAGAUCUCUUUCAAAGUCAUCGAAACAUCACAAGUCCCAGCUGCAUUCCCAUUCUCCUGUAAGAAAAUCCCAUGCCAGCUCAAGUAGUAGACGACAUGAAUCAAGGAGUUUGUGUUCCAGAAAAAGGCCAUCACCAGCACGACAUAGAUCAAGGUCAACUUCGAGGGAACUAAAAAAGCACACAGAAUCAUCCCCAAAGUCUAAAAGGAAAGCAUCUAGAUCUCGUUCUAUAACAAAAAAAGAACAACGGUCAAAAUCAAAAUCUCGUUCUCCUUUACGGAUACGCCAUAAAUCAAGAUCAGACUCUUUAGCAAGGUCCCAAUGUCAGUCUAAAUCAAUAUCGCGGCACCGUUCUAGGUCCAGUUCACGUUCAAAACGCAGGAGUAGAACUCGUUCAGGAUCUUCCCGGCGAUCAAAAUCCAGGGUAAAACGAUCACACUCACCAAGACCCAAGUCAAGGUCCAAAGACCGGGUAUGUCAUCGAUCAGCUUCCAGAGGAUACCUCAGUCAGCUUGUGAGGACACGGAGAUCACCUGAUUGGAGAAGACGAUCCAGAUCUCCGUUAAGGAGAAGCACCAGCAGAACAGCUGAACGUCUCACAGAUUUGGAUAAAGCACAGUUGUUAGAGAUAGCAAAAGCCAAUGCUGCAGCCAUGUGUGCCAAAGCUGGAAUGCCUCUGCCAGCAAAUCUGAAACCUGUUGUGCCUCUUGUUAAAGAAGUGAUCACCAAAAAAAGGGGUUGUUCAUCAAUAGAAGAAUUCACAGAGAAAUGCAAGAAAAUAGUUGAAAGCAGCGAUGAUAAUGAAUUGGGUAACAAACCACAUCUCUCUGAAGAGGAUGAACCAUUCAGUAGUCAACCAAUUAAAGUUAAUGAACUGAAACCCAUUUCUUUCAGCUUGAAUCAGAAUGCCACAGUGAAGCCAACAGCAAAAACCCAGGUGGCUCUAACUAAGGAGUUUCCAGUUUCCUCUGGUUCACAACACAGGAAGAAAGAGGUGCUGAAUGGUUAUGGAAAAUGGGUUCCUGUGGAAAAAAACAGUAAAGAAACAACUGAUGAUGUCUUUCCAGAAGUCAGUUCUCAGGUUGUGGAUAUCUCUGCAACAAUGAGUGAGAGAGCAGAGGCACAGAAACGUCUUGUUAAGAAUCCGUAUGAUGUGGAAGCAAUGUCAAUGAUACUCAGAGCACAGGAACAGAUUGAUGUGUGGGCUCAGGCAAACUCUCUGCCUGGUCAGUUCACAGGUAGUACUGGAGCACAAGUCUUGACCUAUGAGGAAUUAACACAUAGUGGUCCUCAAGCCUGGAUCAGGAAGCAGGUACAAAAGCAGGACGGAACCCUGGGCGACAUUGGCUGGGGUUUGUAUCAUUCUCUGCAUGGUUGCCUCUUUCUUUUGUGAGGUUCCUGGAAAAUCAGGGCAAGAAGGAAACGGAAGAUUACAUUCCCUUUGAGGUAUUAAUUGUCCUUUACCUCUACAAACUAGUAGGCAGAGAGGAAGGGCAAAGAAAGGUGAUGGUUCAUGAUUGAACUCUGAACACCGGCCUCACGGUAUGCAGAUCAUUUGCCAAUUAAAUCCUUUCAGCUGUCUUGUUGUCAUGGGCAACCUAACAUAAUGUCACAUGUAGGAAAUACUUCACACUUGUUCCAUUGUAUCAGCCUCUGCAGAAUCCUUGCUCUCCAUCUCAAAUGUCUUCCCCGUUAUACAAUAUGUUACAGGAUAAACUAGCCCUGUUAUGAUUAUGCAUCUCUGUAUGAGAUGUAAAUAAAUUCUUGGAUCAACAAGUCUAUGGAUAACACUAAGAUUUAGGGCAUAGUGGACAAUGAGGAAGGCUGUCAAAGCUUGCAGCGUGAUUGGACCAGCUGGAAAAACGGGCUGAAAAGAAUGACUGAUGGAAUUUGAUGCGGACAAGUGUGAGGUGUUGCGCUUUGGAAAGACAAACCAGGGUACGUCUUGCACAAUGAAUGGCAAGGCACAGAGGAGUGUGGUAGAGUAAAGGGAUCUGGGAGUACAUAUCCUAACUCCUUGAAAGUAGCAUCACAGGUAAAUAGGAUUGUAAAGGAAACUUCUGGCACAAUGACCUUUAUAAAUCUGAGUACUGAGUGCAGGAGUUGGGAUGUUAUGCUGAAUUUGAAUAAGAUGUUGAUGAGGCCAGAUUUGGUGUCUUGUGUGUAGUUCUAGUCACCUACCUAUAGGAAAGACAUCAGUAAGGUUGAAAGAAUACAGAGAAAAUUUACAAGGCUGUUGCUGGGAUUUAAAGACCUGAGUUACAUGGAAAGGUUGAAUAGGUUAUCACUUUAUCCCCUGGAGCAUGGGAGAAUGAGGGGAGAUUUUAUGGUAAUAUACAAAAUUAUGAGGUGUUGAGAUACAGUAAAUGAAAACAAGCUUAUUUUAGUGAGGUCAAGUGUGACUAGAACUAGAGGUCUGUCAUUUAAGGGUAAAAUGUGAAAUGUUUAAGAGAAGCCUGAGAGGGGAGCUUCUUCACUUAAGAGGGUGGUGAGAGGUGCCAGUGGAAGUAGUGGAUGCUGGUGUCAUUGCAACAUUAUAGGGAAGUUUGGAAAAAUACAUGAUGGUAGGGAUUAAUGGGACUAGGCUGAAUAAUAGUUCAGCAUGGAUUAUUUGGCCCAAAGGGCCUGUUUCUGUGCUGUUCUGCUUUAUUACUCUAUGGCUCUAAAAAAAAAAGUCCAAAUAUUCCUUUUCAAUAUUUCUCAGGAGUGGGUCUGGAGCAUUUCAACUCACAUCUGAGGAAGUUGCGUCUGAAUCAGGAAGAUUUGAGACAAGUACCUGUUCCAAGCAAUUCCAGACUGCACAUUUUCCACCAACUGCAACCUACACAGUGACUUUGCAUAUUUUAGACAAUCUUAUUUUCAUAUUUUAUUUGGCCAAUGAAAGGCUUUUUUAUUGUUACAAAGCAUGGAUUAGGCACUGCACAAAAUUCAAAAUACUGACCACCAAGGACUGAUUGGCUGACUGAUACAGGAACAGGCAGAGAAUUGUGGGAUAUAGACUAUGUACAGGCAGAUGUGCAGUUUAAUUUAGCAUUUUGUGGUGAAGGGCAUAUUCUUUUCUAUAUAAGCUUAAAUGAAUCAUUCCAACAUCAUUUAAUGCAAUGAAUUCACACUAUUACCAAAUGUUCAGCUUUGCAGCUUUUAUGAUGGUCCACUCAAGAACACUAAUAUCCAAAACUGUUCAUAUUAUACAAGCGCUGACCAUGUUUCUUGCUCACAUUAAUUUGUCCCUUUUUGAGCUAUCCUCUUAUUGCUUGUUGACCUUUAGUUGUAAGCAAUUCUGAUCAUUUGUUACCAAGUUUGCAGUCUCUUUUACUUUCAUAAUAUUCCAAGGUAAAUAUUAAAUUAAUUUCAUUCUGAGAUCCACUCUGAGUAAUCUCUCACCCACAUUCCUUUCCAAUUAUGACUAUGCUGUGCAGUCUUUUUGAAGCAUGUUUCUUGAAAGUUCUUGUGACUUAAACAAUGACUUAUUUACAAUUGUAAUUUGGAUUUAAAUUUUAGAAUGUAUUAUGUAAUAAUGCAUUCCAGAAAUUGCAAAUUGUGUUGAUCAGUGUAGCUGUAAAAGGCUACUUUGACCUCUGUCUACAUGUCUACUUACGAACAGGAUCAGUUCCUGAAAGCUGCACCUUUAACUGGAGGAAUGGGAGCACAAUUGAUGCAGAAAAUGGGAUGGAGAGAAGGCGAAGGACUGGGGAAAAAUAAAAAUGGACCAGUAGAACCUAUUGUUGUUGACUUCAAGACUGAC